CCUCUUCUUUUAGCAAGCUGUUGACACCACUCAAGCCCCCCAAAAAAGCUAGAGGCAACCCGUAUACCGGUCUUGCAACCCAGCUGGCACGGAAUGGCUGCCGACGAUGAAUCCCGCAGGCGCGAAAUCGACAAUGGCUCCGAUUCAGUAAAACAUUUCGAAGAGACAACCCCCCUUGUAAGCACGCAGGCGAAAACUGCGUAUGUCACGUCGGGAACGGUAGAGGAGGAGGCAUGGAAGCCCUCUGCGGGCUUCUGGUGGAUAGAAACAGCACUCUGGGCCAAUGUGUUUCUAUCCGGCUUCGACGGGACCAUCACGGCCUCGACCUAUGCCGCCAUCGGUUCCGAGUUCGACGCCGCCAACAAUGCCGCGUGGUUGACAACGUCGUACCUGGUCACCAGCACGGCGUUCCAGCCGCUAUACGGCCGGUUUUCCGACAUGUUCGGGCGUCGGAUCUGCUUCUUCAUAUCGACGGUGACAUUCAUGAUUGGCUGCUUCGGUUGCUCGGUAGCCGAUAGUAUGUUGAUGCUCGACAUUAUGCGGGCCCUGACCGGCUUCGGAGGCGGAGGGCUCAUCACGAUGGCAACCGUAAUCAACUCCGACAUGAUCCCCUUCAGGAAAAGGGGCAUGUAUCAGGCCAUGCAAAAUAUUCUCUACGGCCUCGGCGCGGUUCUUGGUGCGUCUCUCGGGGGCUUAAUUGCUGAGAGCAUCGGGUGGCGGUGGUGUUUCCUGCUACAAGUCCCAGUGUCAGUUGUAGCCCUGGUGGUGGGCUAUAUUGUCCUGGAGAAUCCCCCUCCCAUCGUGCCGGUGCCGGAUCCCAAACAUCCCGUUCUGUGCGCCCUGCGGCGGCUGGAUUUCCUAGGUGCUCUCGUUCUCGUGCUUGCCUUGGUAGCGCAGCUCAUGGGCUUGAGUCUGGGUGGCAAUGAUCUUCCUUGGGGCAGCCCGAUCGUAAUCGGCUCGCUCGUCGGAAGUGUUGUGCUGCUACUCAUGUUCCUGGGUACCGAGGCCACAACCAAAGCGGUCCCCAUAAUCCCGCUGCGGAUGUUGCAUGGCUGGCAGCCGACGGCGGUACAGCUGACAAACGUAUUUUCCGGCAUGGCCGCAUACGCCUACAUGUUCAUGGUCCCUCUGUAUUUCCAGGCCGUUCGCGGGGACUCUCCGUCCGAAGCUGGUCUGCGUCUCAUGAUCCCUGCGGCGGCAAGUCCAAUCGGUGGCGUAGUUGCGGGCUCGUUGAUGCACCGUGGCUAUCCGCUGUGCCUGAACGUCCGCCUCGGCACGGCUACGAUGCUGCUUGGCAAUCUGCUCGCGGUGAUGAUGGGCACGAGGGGGAAUUGGUGGAUCGACUUCGUCUAUCUGCUGCCUGCGAAUUUGGGGCUCGGCAUAACCAACCCGAGCGUGCUUUUCAGCUUCGUUUCGCUCUUUGAACACAGCGAGCAAGCGGUCGCGACGUCAACCGUAUACCUGAUUCGAUCCAUGGGCAGUAUUUAUGGCGUUACUGUGACCUCCGCCAUUGUCCAGAAUGUCUUGUUGGCCAGGUUGCCAGGCACGCUGGGAGAUGCGGCUACAGAAGAGCUUGUUGAGAAACUGCGCCAGUCGCUCUUCUCGAUUGGCGAGCUGCCUCCAUCCCUGCAAGCGGCGGUUCGAGCGCUGUACUGUGAUGCAUUAAGGAUAGCGUUUGCUGCAUCGAGUGCCUUUGCUCUAUUGUCCUUUUUGUUCUCGUUGGCACACAAGACCGGGCCGCUUGAGAGAAAACGGCCGGCGGAGGAGAGUUGUGAGGAAGAUGCAGAUGGGAAGGAUGCUGACGAGUGCUAAAAUGCUGCAAUGG